UGGCGAAGGCGACAGCGGCAGCAGUAGCGGCGGCGGUGGAGUGAAUGUCGACAGCGUUGACGUUGAUGCUGAGGUCGGAGGCAUUAAUGGUGGUGUGGGCAUGUUGAAUGCGGGUAACCGUUUGGAAUGCGUGAGCGGUAGUAUUGGUGGUGGUCAGAAAUAUAUGCGUACGGGUUUGAUCAGCACAAUGCCGAAGAAACAACAGUUGCAACAGCAACAAAAGCAACAACAACACCUUGGCAUCGGCGGCACGAUGUUGGCAACAGCGAAGCCCAAGUACAGUUUAACGCUGCUGAAUGUGAAAAAUCACCAACACAAUAACAAUAAUAGCAGCAAUAUUAAUAAUAACAACAACAACAACCACAACAGCAGCAUGGGUAGCGCUGUUGGCAACUGUCAGUUGCAUCCGCACCGCAAAUCACCACAUCCGCAUCUACAGCCGCAAUACGCUUACUGCCAACAACAACAGCAGCAGCAACAACAACAACAGUUACUGCAACAUCAGCACUUACCACAAAGCAAACGCGAACAGCAGCGGCAACAAUUGUCACAAUCAUACUAUCACCCGCCACCGCCGCCACGUCAUCAGUUACGUGUUUUGCGGCUAUCGUCGGCACCCACUGGCACGCCCGAAGUCACAACAUCAACAAAAGUAACAGCAAAUGCUGCAGCACGACGUGGCGAUGGCGGCGUUUCUACUGGUGCAGGUGGUGUUGGUGAUAGAAGUAGCGGUGAAUUCACAUCACGCAACUCUACACACUUAGAGCAGUCGCUGGCGUUGACACCCACCACGCCCAUUGCUGCAACAACAACACCAAAUAUAAACGAUUGUAAUAAACAUUUAGUUGGCACAAACACAGUGGCGUGUGAUGAUAAUAGUAGUGAUGAUACACCGGCAACACCGGUAAGAGAUGCAGCUGCCUCAACACUAACAACAAAAACAGCAACAACAACAAGAGCAACAACGCCAACAGCCGAAACACCGACCGCGGGCGCAAUGUCAAAUGUUUUACAAGGAGGAAAAGGGCAACAACAACAAUUGUUACAAUUACAACAACAAAAAGCAAAUAGGCUGUGGUAUCAUUGAUGAAAAACGAAUAGAUUUGAGCGCUUAUCUCUCUUUCUAAGCAAAGGCAGCAGAUUGAAAGCAAUACGCCAGUGAAUUCUACGAUUAGUACAUAGCACACAUAGACAAUUAUUUUGAAACAUCACAUACCAUAGAUCAAAACAGGCGGCAGUGAAGGCAAAGGAUACACAGAAAAAAUGGCUACAAAAGCAAAAAAACAUGUAAGUUAUAAGCCGAAACGAAUAGAAAACUUGAAGACACCGACAAAAAACAAAAAACUAAACGAACUGCAUCAAGAAAAAAAUACGUGAAACAACAAAGCAACAAAUAAAGAAAAUGCGUGCGAAAAGCGGAAAAGCAAACUCUGUAGAGAACAAACGCCCACUGAACAAAAAAGAAACCAAAACCCAAAACAGCAUACACAAGCAAAUAUAUAGCGUAGCACAAACCGUUAGAAACCCAAAAUCAACAGAAAGAAAAAAAAAAUAAUAGCACGAAAACGAAAAAGUGCGGUUAGAAGCGCGAAAGUGAAUUAAAACUGAAAUGCCAACGAAAUUGAAGAAUUACGCCUAGAAAGUAGCCAGCAAAGCAAAUAAGUAAAUGAUGCACUGAGAGAAAUUGCAAAAGCAAUCACAAAAGUGCAUGAGAACAUGAGAGCGUGUAGCGAAAGCUGUACGAAAACGAAAAAUUUACUUGUAAAUAUUUAGUAGCAAACAGAGUCGUGAGUGAUUUGUAGAUUAAAAAAAAAGAAGAAGAAAAUAUUUCAAAAUGUAAUGUAAAAUGAUAAUAUUAGCAAUAUUUGAACGACUCGCUCGCUUUUUGGUUGCACACUUUUUGUUACAAGCUGAUUUUGUUUUAGCUAAAUUUUAACGAGCAUAAGAUACUACCGAAUUUAAGAGCAGUAAAUGAGUAAAAACAUGUUAAGCAUAAAUAAUUUAUGCAAGUAAUCAGUAAAGUAAAAGUAUUUAAGAUUCAGUAAUUGAAAAAAAUAAAAGCAAAAAUGAAAACCAAGUGAUUUAGCGCACUCAAACACUAUUACAGGUAAGAUUUUAGAUAAUACUAUACACCGAACGGCAUACAUAAAGAAAUAUACGUAUAUACACUAAAGCGCGUAAUAAAAGCAGCUAUGUUGAAAAUUAAUAGAACAAGCAUUAAAAGCAAUUUUAAAAGAUUGAAACUUGAAGAAAUUUGUAAAAAAUUCAAAAAAAAAUAUAUAUACAAUUAAUAAUAAUGAAUAGAAAUAUUUUCAAAAAACGAGAAAUUACCCACACCGCGAUAACAAAGUUUCCAAACUUUUUCAACAACUGCGAACCGGCUUAAACCCGAAAUUAUUAUUGAAAUUGUACGCAUUGAUAACGCUUUGCCCUACUCAAACUCAUUUUCAUUUACUUACGUAUGUAUUUCUACAAAAAUUGGCAACUCUACUCAUCUGCUCACGAACUAGACACGCUCUGUAGUUAUGUUAUACAGUAAAUUUCUGUCGAAUCCAUCAGCUUCAACUGCACUUUUAGUCAUAAACUCAAAAAAUGCAUGCACAUAAA